GUCAUUUUGUAUUUUGUGGUUUGUUUUUAUUUUUCAACUCCUGAAAUCUCUAUGUAAGUUCCAAGUAUUUUGCUGACCAUUGAGCUGCAGAUAACUGGAACUAUAUUAUUUAGAACAAAUAUUACUUAAAAAGAUUUCUCACGGAAAAGUAUGAAUAGCUCUAUUAGUACCUCAAACAAUUGUGCAAGUCUAUUUUUCAUGUUCACCCUCAUUCCAAAUUUCAAUCUUCAAUGCGUUCCUCUGUAAGUUAUAUUUUAUCCACAAGCGUUAACGAGCCGAAUAUGUCACAUCCGGACUAUGACCAAAUAUCCCAUGAUCACGCCGCCCUACUUGUGCUUGUUAAACACAUUGGAGCCCAACUGAAGCCCAAAACUUUUUCAAAAUUCUAUGAUCGCAUCGCCAAACUGAGUCAAGUGAAAAUAACGGAUUCCUCCGGGCAAGUGCGUACCAUAUUUGUAAGAUACAUUAAAGAACACCCAGUUGAGAACAGUGACUGGGGUGAUUUUCAGACUCACAGAAGACUUAUAGGAUUAAUAUCCUUAGGGAAGUAUGAUUCCCAAACUGAACUUAAUGAAGUAUGCAGAGUGCAUGAAAGUCUAAAGGUAAAGUACAAUAAUACUCUUUACGACUCAAGAAGUAUUUUAUUUGGACCUACUAAGGAGGUUGAAUCACCUACAAGCCCUAUUGAUAAAUCCAGUAGCUCUGAAGAGAGUGAAGCCAUUAAAAGUGAGGUUAAUGUAGAAAAAUUUACUACCCCAAGCAAUUUUAAAACAAGAGCACUAUUUUACGAUGAAAAUUCUCCUUGUGCAGACCUGGAGAAUCAAAUAGUUGAAUUUAUUAAUUCACUGUUUUGGGUCUUAGAGUCCAAAAGACAAGAUAGAUCUAGGGAAAAACUAGAGCGAGUAUCAUCAUUACUACUUGCUCCCUUUGAAAAAAAAGAUUUUGUUGGUCUUGACAUGGAAUCUAGGCAAAAUAAGAAAAGAUGCACAGGAAGAAUGACCAAACAUCUAGGGGAUCUUUGCCUGCAAGCAGGUUUAGUAGCAGAGAGUUUACAAUAUUAUACAACUGCUGCAGAAACUCUUAAAAGUGUAAAUGAUUGGUUGUGGCUUGGUGCUGCAUAUGAGGGCCUCUGUACUGCGUCUGCCCUUGUAUUAUACCCCAAUAUGCAAAGAACUGAAAACUUUCAACGCAUAGGCAGUCUACCAGAGGGAUCCCCAAAAAAACCCACUCAAGAAACCCAGAGCAGUAACAUUCCAGUAAAAAAAACAGUACCAAAUGUUCUAGCACCAGAUGAAAUUUGCAAAAGAUAUAGAGAAGCCAUAAUACAUUUUAGUAAAUACCAGAAUGCAGGAAUUGUAGAGACUGAGGCUAGUUUUAAAGCUGCACGGAUAGCAGUGGAGCAAAAUCAUGCACUACAAGCAGCUGGAUUUUUACAGAAUGUGGUAUAUAUAAAUUUGGCCCUUUCAGAACAGGAGAAGAUUCAGAGGUUUGAAAAUUUAGCCCAGUUAUAUACUCAAAUUGGUUUUAAUAGGAAGGCAGCCUUUUGUUUAAGAUUAGCUGCAACUAGAUAUGUAUCUUCUCAAAAUCCAAACCCGAACUGGAACAAAUGUUAUUCCCUGAUGUUACAAAGUUUGCCUGGCCACAAGCUUAUUUUAGAUCCCGUUGAAAUGAUUGAGGCUGACCAGGGCUGGCCAACAUUGCAAAUUCAAAUUUUGCAGGAUCUAGUCGUAGCGGCAAAACGAGCUGGUCAUUCAGCACUAGCGACCCGUCACAUGACGUUCUUACUCCAAACCAUGUGGCCUCAUUUAAGUUCCACAGAGCAAAAAGAGCUGGCCAUACAGCUACAGAGCUUAUCAGUACAAUGCGAGGGUUCUCCUGUUCCUUUGGUACUGGAAUCGGGAGUUGUUGUGCCUCCGGCGAAUUUAACAGACAUUCCCAAAUGUUGUGGAUUUAUUUUGAAUGACUUGAAUCCACAUUUGAGACCUAGAGUGAUUAAAAAAGAGAAGGAAGAUACUGGGCCAUUCUUGUUUACUCCCAUACAUUUUGGCAGUUUGGAUAGAAAAACUAGGGAUAAGGCUGAUCCUAAAAUGGAAUUCUUGUGGGUAGAAAACGAAGUGUGCGAAGUAUCUUUAAAAUUAGUAAACCCGUUGCCAUUUGAAUUGAAAGUUUCAAACAUGCGGCUGUUAACAUCUGGAGUGGUUUUUGAGUCUGCUCCGGAAACUGUUACUUUAUUACCUGAUAUGGUGACUUCUCUCACGUUGAGCGGAUGGGCACGUGAAAGUGGUGAAUUAGAAAUAACUGGAUACAGUACUCAUGCCUUAGGUGUUAAAUCUAAUUGUCGUUUGAAGUAUAUGAGUGGAAAUUUUCCACCACAAUAUAAGAUUGAUGUCAUACCAAGUUUGCCAAUCUUGCAGGUUUCCACAUCUCUCCCUCAAAGUGCAUCAUUUUCAAACUUUCACGACGAUAGUAUAGUAACAUCCGCCAGCCUGAGCUUAUUCCAUGGCGAGAGCUCCCAAUGUACAAUUACAUUAAAUAACACCAGCCAAAUACCGGUGGAAAUGCUCGAGGUGACCGUUAACAGUAUUCUGGACCAGUCGUUACAGAACGAGAUAUUUUUUAUCGAUCAGGAACAAGUUAAUUUAAUUUUACCUCUUUUGCCUGGACAAACUGCAUCCUUUGAAGUGAAGAUAUAUGCAGCCGCAAACUUUUUAGCACCAAAUAUGCCGGUAUCACCUAGUAUCCCGCCAGAUUUGAAUAGUGGGAUGUUUAGUAGUUUGAGCAACUCUUUGCCUGGAAAUUCAUCGUUUUCCAGAGUAACCUCCAGCUUUAGAUCUUCAAAUUCUGGUCAGUCCAGUUUGGCAGGCGGAUUAAGUGCUCUAUUUCAGCAACCGCCGAUGACGUCUUCGGUAGAAGCUCAACUGAAAAUAAGGUAUAGUGGAGGUCCAGGGCUACAAUCAGAACAUUGUAGAACUAGUACAGUGUUCUUUAUGGUAGAAUUAAUACCAUCUCUUCAUGUUACUAAUUGGGAUGUAUUACCAGCAGAAAAGAACUCCCAAUUUUAUCUCGUGCUAGACGUGGCGAAUCUGACCAAUCAAGAAAUGGAGUUGGAAUAUACAACUAAUAAACAUAUGCUGAUCGAAGGCCAAGAAAGUUGCAGAGUACCGGUGCCUGUUAAUAGAUGUCCUUUGUCAAAGUUGUCCGAUUUUUAUGAGGAACCGGACAAAUCUAAAAAUCUCACUAAUAUAAAUCGGAUCUGUUCGGAGCAUAUUGCCGAUUUAGUGAAACUUAAAUGGAUGCUUAAUGCCACUGAUUCUGUUGGUAUUGCAUCACUUAAAGGUAUCACCUUAAACAGUAGAAUGUUGGAUAUUGUUAGGAUGUCGCCUUUGGAAUGGGACGUAAAAAUCAACGGAGAUCCCUUCAGAGCCCAAGAAGAUAUCUCAUGUGAAGCCGGCGAUUGUAUGGAACUUCAAAUGUCUAUCGCAAACAGUCUUGAUGCCUCUUUAAAAGAACUUACCUUAUCAGUUCAAUUUUACCAAGAUUAUAAUAAUGGCACUCUAAAUUAUAGAAUGGAUACAAGAUUGGCCAUAUCUGGAGCGUCAAAAAAAAUUUUAUCAUCGCUUGAGCCGAAAAAUGUAGCAAGCCAUAAGUGUAACGUCGUGUUUUUCACUCCGGGACUAUAUAAAGUGGAUAUUCAGUGUUAUACACCUGACAGUAGUAAUUCUAGUACCGCACCUUUAGUUAGUACCGGUCAUAUUUGGAGGUUUACUCCCCCUAUUGCAAUACAAGUAAGAUAAACUCGUUUAUUGUUACGUAAUGCCAUUUUUGUUAUUUAUUUGUAAGUCAAAAUACGUAUAAGAAGAAAUAAAAAAAUUCAAAGUUA